UGUGUGUGUCAGAGCCGAGAGGGGUCGCUUGGAGGCUUUGUGGCGCGCGUCAGGGCGUGCUGCCUGGGAGGUUUGGGGUCUGAGGGCCCUUUGCCUCCUCCUGUCCACUUCUCUAAACGAUACAGAAAUUAAACCCUGUUAAUCAUGGCUAGAAAUGCGACAUCUGUUCAAAAUGACAUAUCAAACCUAUUUCAGGUGUUGGAGUAGCUGCAGUUCAAACCUAGGGGCUUCAGCGGAAAAGCUUCCAGGGGUGCGAUGUGCCAAGAGCAGCGCGUAGAUGUAGAUGAGUGGCAUCUAUUCGCCUAGCAGAACGCCCCGGCAGUGUUGGUGUUACAUAAAACACUGUCUGAGGGCUCGUGGAAGCCCUUAUAGCACUUCAAAAUCGUGUUGCAGGCAUGCGUAUGGGAAGGCGUCAAGAGAAAUUCAGUGGGACGCCGCUCAGCUCUUCAACCUAGAAUGACAGAAGGGGUGUUCUGAGCAUCUUGCCCCUGUCUUCAGAAGCAGAAAGCAUCACGAUAAGAGACAAAAAUGACCGAGUUUUGGCUGAUUUCUGCUCCUGGGGAAAAAACUUGUCAACAGACAUGGGAGAAACUACACGCAGCGACCACAAAAAAUAACAAUCUUUCUACUAAUUCAAAGUUCAAUAUUCCAGACCUGAAGGUUGGGACGCUGGAUGUUUUAGUUGGUCUGUCAGAUGAGCUGGCUAAACUGGAUGCAUUUGUGGAGAGCGUUGUGAAGAAGGUGGCCCAGUAUAUGGCUGAUGUUCUGGAAGACAGUAAAGAUAAAGUUCAGGAAAAUCUUCUGGCUAAUGGAGUUGACUUGGUCACCUAUAUCACAAGGUUCCAGUGGGAUAUGGCCAAAUAUCCGAUCAAGCAAUCCUUGAAGAAUAUUUCAGAAAUUAUUGCAAAGGGAGUAAACCAGAUUGACAAUGAUCUUAAAGCAAGAGCCUCGGCAUACAAUAAUCUAAAAGGGAAUCUUCAGAAUUUGGAAAGAAAGAAUGCAGGAAGCUUGCUAACCAGAAGCCUUGCUGAUAUUGUAAAGAAAGAGGACUUCGUACUUGAUUCAGAAUACUUGGUCACAUUAUUAGUGAUUGUACCAAAGUUGAACUAUAAUGACUGGGUUAAGCAAUAUGAAACACUAGCAGAGAUGGUUGUACCACGUUCCAGCAAUGUACUUUUUGAGGAUCAAGAUAGUUACCUUUGCAAUGUCACCUUAUUCAGGAAGGCAGUGGAUGACUUCAAGCAUAAAGCAAGAGAAUAUAAAUUUAUGGUCCGUGACUUCCAGUAUAAUGAAGAAGAGAUGAAGGCUGAUAAAGAAGAAAUGAAUAGGCUGUCAACUGACAAGAAGAAACAGUUUGGGCCUCUGGUUCGGUGGCUGAAAGUUAAUUUCAGUGAAGCUUUCAUUGCAUGGAUUCAUGUGAAAGCACUACGAGUUUUUGUUGAAUCUGUUCUAAGGUAUGGUUUGCCGGUUAACUUCCAGGCCAUGCUGCUUCAGCCUAAUAAGAAAACAAUGAAGAAACUGAGGGAGGUUUUGUAUGACUUAUACAAACACCUUGACAGCAGUGCAGCAGCCAUCAUUGAUGCAACUAUGGAUAUUCCAGGCUUAAACCUCAGCCAGCAGGAGUACUACCCAUACGUGUACUACAAGAUCGAUUGCAAUUUACUGGAAUUCAAGUAAAAGUUCCCUAACAUGACAAUCCUCUGUAUUGGUGUAAACAAACUGAAGUGAGGGUGAAGUACAGUAAUACCUUUAACACUCUACUAAUCACAUGCUUGCUUCAUAUGUUAGGUGAAUUUUACCCACAGUGGUCCAUCUCCAGACAUUUUCUUUUUAAAGGAAAGUGUAGGCAAUCUGCUUUUAACAAUUAUGUCUGUAAAUGUAUAUUGAGAGAACUGAAGUAUUUAUAAACAGAGCGAUUUAUUUAAGGAAAAGGUCAUUCCUCUUUCAUAUGGUGAUCUGUAUUAAUUCCAUUUCCCAUUGUUUAUUAAAAAAAAUUGUUUACAGAAGAAUAGUGUAAAUGUUUAUGGCCAUUCUGUUUGAUUUAGUAAAUACACUUGUGUUAACAUUGUUGAACUGUGAUGUAAAGUAUGUAAGAUUGGUAAGAAAUUGUGCUUUUUGAAUGUUGUACAAUUACAAUCGAAGCACUGUAAACACACAGGGAAAAAAUAAACAUACCUGUGCAAAUGUC